AUGAUAGUUAUUGGUAUAGUUGGAUUCUUUUCAUCAUUUUCAGGGUGGGGAUAUCUCUCAUAUAAAGUUACAAUUUUAUUAUCAGUUUUUGUAUUGGCUGGUUUUACUAUAUUCCAACUUGUAAAUUUUUAUAAAGAAGAUAUUAAAAAAAAAGUAAAGGAAAGGAAAUAUUAUUUAUAUUCAAAGAGCAGGGUUGAUCCAAGGAUAUCGUUAAUGGGAAGGAUCAAGAUUCAGAUUCUCAAUUAUUUCAAUGAUGUGAUUUCAACUAUACAAUUCAAACCUAGGCUAUCUUUUCUUUUAGUUGGAUCAUCAGUACUAUUGGGAAUGUUUAUACCGUUUGCUCUCGAUAAUCUUUGUAUUUGUUCUCAGCCCAUAACAGUCUCGACUAGAUUAACAAGAGCUUUUCAAGAGUCUUAUUGUAAAGAUAAGGAAAUUUGUUUUGUUUAUUUAACUUUGCCCGAAGAUCCAUCAAACUCAAUGAUUUUGCAAGUCCACACAAGAAAUGAACCAAUCGAAACUACUGUUCGAUUAUCAAAACUAGACUUACCUAGUUCUCACCCGGUGGAGUGGAAAACAAAUAGUUUCAUAUCAGUUUCAGAAAUUAUUAAAGAAGAGCCGCGUUUUGUUAGCUAUAUUGAAUUUAAUAGUCUCAGUGAAUCUACAAAUUACAAAUUUAACUUUACCAUUACCACCAAAGAUGGUCCAAUUAAAUCAGUCAAUUAUGGGUUUAAAACAUUUUCAAGUGGAGUGGGUGAUGGAGGACUAAAAUUUAUAGUUGGUGGUGAUUUAAAUUUAAAUAGUGACGCAACUGAUUUAGCUCGAAUAGGUAAAGAUUUUAAUCCAGAUUUUGUAGUUAUUGGAGGUGACAUAGCAUAUGAAAAUGGAAUAGGAUCUUGUUAUAGGAGAUGGGAUGAAAAAAUCAAUUUUUUAACACAAUAUUUUUCAUAUGAUCAACAAUAUAAUAGUAAUAACAACAACACUAAUAGCAAUAACAAUAGUUUUAUUAAAUUUUUAACGCCGCUGUUAAUGUCAAUAGGUAAUCAUGAAAGUGGAGCAUUCUUUCAAACUCAUGAUCAAGUUCCAUUUUAUUUUAAAUAUUUUUUAUUUAAUAUUGGAGACUCAAAGAAACCAGUUAAAGAAAGAUUGUCAUACCAUAUUCACAAGCUACCAUUUGGAAUAAGUUUAGCAUCAUUGGAUAGUUGUGUAGUUUCAACGUGGGACCAGCAAACUCAGUGGCUAGAUAAUCAAUGGUCAAAUGAAAAAUAUAAUAAUACCAGCAAACUUGUGGUUUAUCAUCAUCCAAUUUAUACAUCAAGACGUAAUAUUAAUGACAAAAUACCGACAAUGGGCCAAAAAUCAAUUGUACCUCUAUUUGACCAUUACAAAGUGCCAUUUGCAUUUGAAAACCACGAGCAUUUAUUCAAAAGAACAAAACCGCUUUUCAAUAAUAAAGCAAUAAAUAUAAAUAAUAAUAGUAGUUUAAAUUCCAAAUUGGGAACAGUAUAUGUUGGUGAUGGAUCAUGGGGAACAUCAAAAUAUAAUAGGAAGCCUCAAGAAGCAUCUGAAAACACAUUGCCUUGGUAUUUAGCCAAGAGAUCUGAAAUAAACCACCUCUGGUUUGUUACCAUAAGUAAUCAGGAAAUAAUAGUAGAGGCAUUUUCGCCCGAUAAUAAUAAAAUAGAUAGAGUCGAAUAUUAUAGAUAG